AGGCAUUACGAUUACGAAUUUUCUUGUUUCAAAUCUUAACCGACAAUAUCAUGCUAAAAUUGUUACUUUGACCUUCGCAUAUAAAGAGGGCACUACCAUGUAAAUUACAGAUGACAUUACUUUUGUUUUCAUGUCAGAAUUCGGAGAGUGACCUAUCCAAUAGGUUGAGUAAUCAGAUAUUUUAGCAGAAAGAAGAGAGCAGAAUAUUCUUUGGAGAUGCCCUAUAAUAUGUCUUCGGUAUUUCGGAUUUGUACACGGUUCGGCUUUACACUCCAACGUUUUGGCACACAACAUUGGAAUCAGAAUCAGCGCUUGUUGGUGAAAAAUUUUACAUGCCUGCCCAGGUUGGGUGAACACAAUUCAAGCAUUAGCAGGUUUGGUACGAAUGCAAAAUUGUCAGUGGCUGAUCCAGUAGUGCGUAAAUAUCUGGAUUAUAUUAUCAGGAAGUACGACAAAGUCAAGGCAGGAAAUGACAGUUUACAUAAUAACUCAGAACUCUUACCACUAGUGAGACUAUUAGAGAACCGGCUCAGCAUCGUUGAGAAUAUCUUGAGUCUGGAUGAACUAGGCACGGACAAAGACCUUGUGGGAUUAAUUGAGGAGGAGCGGUCUGUCUACAAAACUCAGCUAGCAUUGUUGGACCAGGAAUUGAUAGAGGAGCUAUUUUCUAAUGUGGCUAAUGAUGACUGCCGUGAUGUUGUUUUGGAGAUAAGUGCAGGGGUAGGUGGUCAGGAGGCAAUGUUGUUUGCAAGGGAUCUUUAUAGUAUGUACUUGGGAUACCUAGAUUACUUGGGAUACAAGUAUGAAAUAAUAGAUCUCAGUGUAGGAGAUGCAGGAGGAACUCGUAAUGCGAGUAUAUCCAUUUCUGGAGAUAGAGCUUUCUCUACACUAGUGUACGAGGCAGGUAUUCACAGAGUCCAGCGGAUACCUGCUACUGAAAAAGCAGGGAGAGUUCAUACCAGUACUGUGGCAGUGAUAGUUCUACCACAGCCAUCAGAAAUCGAGGUUAUAUUAGAUGACAAGGAUCUAAAGAUUGAAACAAAGAGAGCAUCUGGUGCGGGGGGCCAACAUGUAAAUACGACUGAUUCUGCAGUUAGAAUAGUUCAUUUGCCUACAGGUAUAGCAGUGGAUUGCCAGACCCAAAGAUCCCAAUUAGCAAACAAGACCGUAGCACUACGUACUUUACGUGCAAGAAUUUAUGCUAAACAGCUUGCUGAGCAGCAGACUUCAACGAUAGAGCUUAGGAAAAGUCAGCGAGGUCUUGGACUUAGAAACGAAAAAAUUAGAACUUACAAUUUCCAACAAAAUAGGGUAACUGAUCACAGAUUGACCGAUGGCACGGUGCAUAAUUUGAAGGGGUUUUUAGAAGGUGGAGAGGCACUUUUAGAUCUGGCAAAAAAAUUAGAGUUAGAUGCCAAAAGAACUCUGUUUUUUGAGAUGAUUAAUAGUGUGAGCAAUAGCUGAAUUCUAAGUUUGUGUAAAUAUUUUUAAUAAAACUAACCAUCGAUUUAUGA